AUCAAUCACUUCACUCUAGUGUUGUACAAUGACAUAUAGGUAUGGCAUGCAAGGCUUUAGUAGAGUACAUGUUGUCCCAAAAACUGUCACACGUGAACUGCCUUUCCUCUUAUCUUUAUAGUACCUCUCUCCCUCUUCUCUUCUCAACUAGCUUCUACUUACAGAGGAAGAGAUGAAUUCUUUGGUAUCAACUUUACAUCCUUCACAAGUAACCACCAUCGACGUUUCUCAACUGCACCAUGACUCUCAUACGAAGCCUCUUGUGCUCAAAAGUAUUCACGAUGCUUGCCAAAAAAGGGGAUUUUUUCAGGUUGUCAAUCAUGGAAUAAGCACAGAAGUCACUGAAAAUGCUCUUGGCUCAUUGUCCAAAUUCUUCGAUUUGCCAAUGGAUCAAAAGACAAUAUUCUUGUCAAAUGAUGUAAAGAAGCCAGUAAGAUUAGAGGCGUUUCGAGUAGACAACGUGAGUAGGGUUUCGAGAGAGCUCAUCAAGCUUUAUGCUUACCCUAUUGAAGAUUGGAUUGGCUCAUGGCCUCAUAAUCCCACAGAUUUCAGAGAAAACUUGGGAAAGUAUGCAAUUGAGGUAAGGAGAUUAAGCCUUGAAAUAAUGGGGGCCAUAGUGGAGAGCUUAGGCUUGCCUCCAACCUACUCGAGGAGCAGUCUUGAGAAAGGCAUGCACAUGAUAGUAGGUAAUAAAUACCGACAAUGCUCCCCAUCAAGCAACAUACUUGGACUGGCAUCACAUACAGACCACACCAUCAUCACCAUCCUUCUUGAAAGUAUGUCAGGCCUUGAGAUCAUGGAUUCCAAUGACAACAAUGCUUGGAAGUCUGUCCCGGCAGCAGGCGGUACCCUUAAGGUCCUAAUAGGGAACCAUCUUGAGGUCCUCAGCAAUGGAUUGUACAAGAGUGUGUUCCACAGGGUGACUUCAAACGCUCAAAAGAGUAGGGUCUCCAUAGGCAGCUGUCUUAGCUUUCCCAUGGCAGAGAUGGUGGAGCCUGCCAUGGAGCUUGUCGAUGAAGAGCACCCAAAAAGAUACAGGGCAAGUAGCUUAGAAGAGUAUAUCAAGUUUCUCUCCUCCAAAGCAGAUAAGUCCUACAUUGAGAGCCUGAAGAUCUGAAUAACGUAUUUAUGUUUCUGAACUAUAACAUUAGCAUUAUGUUAUGUAGAUUCCUUCAUAAAGUUCGAUGGCUAUGUGCUUCCAUCAUGUUAUCUAUGUUGUAGAGUUCUUCCUCUAACAAGUUGUUUCAAAAUGUUGUUGGAAAACAAUCAGUAAGUUGUAUAAUAUAACAGAAUAUAUAUAUA